CCUAAAAUAAUUUAAUAGCACCGCGCAUUAUAAAUUUUUGUACAGAAAAUUCUACACUCUCACAUCAAAAGCCUAAAGAAAAGAUUCUUUCGCCUACACCACUGACCACUAAAAACACGAUGCCGUUUGAGUUGUUUCCGGCGAGUCGGAGUACGGACAGAGGGAAAAGAAAGCGGGAAGACGAUGCCGGGACGGGAAGCCAGAGGGAUGCGGUGGCGGACAGAGGAAAAGAAGCGGAGACGGCGACGGAUGAAGAGGUGGAGGAGUUCUUCUCCAUUCUGAAGCGAUUACAUGCGGCGACGAAAUACAUAGAGAAGAUCGACGGUGCGAGCCGUUUGUUGAUGGGAAAGAGAUCGAAGCCGACGAAGUCGAGCGAGGAAGAAGCCGAUGAAGUUGAAAUUAGGGCAGAAAAAAUUCCAGAUCACAAAUUGGACAGAAAUUUGGAUCUGGAUCUGAACUUAGAGCCUGCAUGCGUUGAAUCGGAUGAUAAAACAAGCCGGAGUCAGAAUCUGAAAACGUCGUGCGCCGAUUCGGCCGCGGAUUCUUGCCGGAAGUAGAAAUUUCUGGCGCAGGUGAAAGUUUUGGCUGUACCUGAAAGAAAUCGAUGGCUGCGGAUCAUUCGGGGGGGGGGGGGGGGUGUAGGAAGAUGAAUUGAAAUUGGUUGCGGAUCCGGGUAAGACUGGCCCGAUCCAGAAUUCUAUAUUGCUAAUCUUUUUAAUUAAUGAAAAAUUAUGGAUGAAUGAUAUGGGAUGUUAUUUUAAUUA